GAGCUGCUGUGGCCGGGGGCUCUGCCAGGGCCACCUCGGAGGUUUCUGAGGAUCCCACGACGGUUUGCUGCGGGUGCUGCUCCAUCCCACAGCCAUGUCCUGCUACGAUCUGUGCCGUCCCUGUGGCCCAACCCCUCUGGCCAACAGCUGCAACGAGCCCUGUGUCAGGCAGUGCCAGGACUCCCGUGUGAUUAUUGAACCUUCUCCUGUGGUGGUGACCCUGCCUGGACCCAUCCUCAGCUCCUUCCCCCAGAACACCGCCGUGGGAUCCACCACCUCUGCUGCUGUUGGCAACAUCCUGAGUGCUGAAGGAGUUCCCAUCAACUCUGGGGGCUUCAACUUGUAUGGUCUUGGUGGUCGCUAUGGCAGGAGGUGCCUGCCCUGCUAGAGCUGGGCUGUGAGUCCAGUGAUGCCUGGAGCAGGAAGCCCCAAGCCAGGUGCUGGACUGAGGACAGAGCUGCUGACCAGGGUUUGCAGCUGGGCUGAGCAGCCUUGUGGCUCCUGCAAGGUGCCAGCCUGUGCUGCCUGGAAACAUGGCCAGCUGAUGUCUUCUGCUUCUGCUGCUUUCACCUCUGCAUCACGAGUGCCUGUUGUCUGCUGCUGUGCUGUGCCAUGGGUUGAUCCUGAAGGCAGCUGAGAGGGGCCCUGCUCCCCCUCCUGUGCCCAUGGGUGUGGGAGGGAGACGUGUGUCCCCUUGCUGUGAAGAGGGGCCUGAGUGCCAGCUGCCCUGGGAGCAGCCUGGCGAGGGUCCCUUCCCCCUGCCCUGCUUUGUUUCUCUCUUUGCCCUCAUUAAAGUUGGUGCUGCAUUGUAGCUUGAGU